AUCACCCCCCCCCUGCUGUUUUUUCAUGUAACCCUCACUUAAAUGGUCAAAUCACACACAUUUGGAUACCCCACGACAGAUUUGCAUGAUUGGUUUGUUUGUCUUAAGUCACGUGUCCACGUUUUAGUUAGGGCAGUUUAUUAUCAAGCCAUCCUACAGUGAACAUCGCAUCGUCGCUUUCCCUUUUUUAUUUCUGAUUGAUUCGGAUACAAAACCCAGUGUGAGUUUCAAUCUUUUCAAUUCUUUAGUUGUCUCAUAUAGUUUCAUGUCAUGACAUACUAGAUUCCGUUAGCUUAUCUGCUUCUCGCUGCGUAGCUUUGUAUGUGUCAUGAAGGUUUGAUUGCUCUAUUUUAGUACAAUGCAUAUCACUGAGAUUGUCGACAUUGUGAGUGACGUAGGAACUGCGCGAGAGUUCCUUCGAAACCACAACAUUCUGAGGAGAACUCCGCCUAAUUGUCCUGUCCCUGAAUGUGGCCGCAGAAUGUCUGAGAUAAGCAGCGCCGAUAAAAAGGAUGGCAAAGUCUUUAGAUGCUCCACUCACAAAGGAAGAAAAGUUUCUGUCAGGGAAGGAAGUUUUCUCUCAAAAGCUAGAUUGUCUUUAGGCGAAUUUAUUUGGCUUGUUUAUUUUUGGAGCAUGUCCACUUCCAACAAAACAGUGAUGGAGACGUUACACUUUUCCAGUAAGACAGUUGUUGACUGGUUCAACUUUCUUAGAGGGAUAUGCACUAGAUAUCUCACUCUCCAUCCUAUACGUCUUGGUGGAGAGGGACAUGUUGUGGAAAUAGACGAGACGGUUGUGGCCAGAAGAAAGAAUCAUGUCGGUCGUUACACGCCUCCGAAAUGGGUCUUUGGGGGUAUCGAUACGACUACAGAUGAUGGUUUCAUGGUAUUUGUUGAGGAUCGUUCAGCAAAUACUCUGCUUCCCAUUAUUGAGCAGUAUAUCGAACCUGGAACAAUGAUCCAUUCGGAUGCAUGGGCGGCCUACAAUGGAAUUGCUCAUUUGCCUGUUUUGCCCCCGUAUCAACACAAUGUCGUCAACCAUUCGACAAAUUUUGUUGAUCCGGCAACCGGCGCUACCACUAACCACGUUGAGAGAAUGUGGAAGUCAAUGAAGCAGAAAUUGAAACGGAUGAGCGGAACAUCUGAUGACCUACUGCAGAGUCAUAUUGAUGAAUUUCUGUGGAGACAGCGAAGAGGCAAAACAGGCAAUGAUGCAUUCAACAACAUUCUUGAGGACAUCAGUUCUUUCUAUCCUGUGCCAUAACUUUCCCAACUGAUUCUUUUUUUUCGUAGUUUCCUAUUCACUUAAUGCUUACUUUAUUACAUUGGAAGUUAAAACUUACGUCACUUGACUUUGUCUCUAUAAAUAUUUCUUUGAUCAUAAAUAGGUACCUAGCUGUAAUUCACUUAAAAAAUCAGUGUAGAAAUGGGGAGACAUAUGUUAUUUAAUACAAAUGCUAAUUUUUUAUUAGGCAUAAAUAGUUUGUUCAACAUUCAUUAUCUAUUAAUACAGUUGAUAUCAAUUCACUUCACUGAUUUUAUGUAAAAGCCUUAGAGUUGCUUCUAGUCUCACUCUAGUGUAGCUGAAAUAAGUAUUUAAUUUAAUGAUGACAUUUGCGAAGUCUAUGUGGACCUAAAAGUAGUGGCUCUAGUUGAAAUAGAUCAUUCUUCAUGCAUACACUUAAUGAUGUAGCUCGAAACUAUGUCUAUCCCAAAUUAAUACCGAGCGCUCAUUUAGUAUCGGUUCCCGAAGACAAAAGUGGACAUCAUGGUCAUGGUAAUCUAUGUAUCUUUCUUUACACAAAAGCUUCUUUACAAUUAAUAUUUGAGCGUUGUAUGUUUUACGGUGGAUUUCACAACUUGAAAUAAUUAAAAAAAAAAAACAUUUGUAGAGAUCUGGCAGAAAUAAGACCACUGUUCAAUGAAACUGGAAUUUUUUUAGUUUUGGGGUAAAUUUUUAGCGUGUUAUUUCCACUGUGACUACAGUGUAGGCCUACUUUCCUAAAUUUUAUGCUUGAGAGCCACACGUUUGAACUGAACCACAAAUGUUCUUAUAUUUGAACAUCUUCUAGUGUAGGCCUACCUUUCAUCUCUUUUUUAUUUUUACAUAUAUUCGUUUAUACGGUUUAGGUGCAACUGCAACUUAUUUCAUUUACAUUAAUACAGCAAUCAUCAGCACUGAGCCUUUGUAUUGUAUAGCAUAUGUCUCCUCUACCGGCUUUAAAUAUAUAAAAAAAAAACAGUUACAUUUUAGUUAAAAUGCCGGUAACUCCACCGUUGUCUGGUUCCAAGUCCAGAAUGUGAAAGGAGGAGGGGCGAGCAUAUGUUAGGCUACACACUACUCUUCAUAAACAUCUAGCUACUAUAUCUGUACUUAUAAGGAAACCCAUUAAGUUUAAUUUAAUUUGAAAAUAAAAUAAAGAAUAUGUUGCACAUAUACGAAACCCAGUAUGAUUGGUUUACUUUAAAGUACAAUUACAUUAAAUCAAUAAAUUAAAAAAUAUAUAAAUAUAGGCCUAUAACCCGUACAUAUAUAGGAUAACGGUACCAUACAUUUGUGACACAAAAAACAAAAAAAAACAAAUUAGAAAAAAAAAAGAUUAAUUCAUUCUCAUUAUUUAUUUUUUAUAGCCUUUUUAAUAUUUUUUUUUUAAUUACAUAAUAUAGAUCCAGAGUUUUCAUGUCAUUAGAGAAUGACUAGAUCUAUCACGAACUAUUACAUGAUACUACCGACACCGUCUAGCCGGUAGUGACCUUGUGACCUGAUUACCGUAGCGAUAGACAGCGCGGUGCUGCCACCUGCGUAAUAUCCUUCAAAAGGGUCCUGCGAUGUAAAGUUUUACCGUUAGUAGUAAGUAGAGACUAGAGUCAGAGUGUCAGUGGUCACUAGAGAAAUAACUUAUAAGUAGAGGCAGAGGAGAAAGUAGAGUUCACAAGACUGACUAGUCACUAGAGUAGAGUAUCUCACUAAAUGACUAAUCUCAGUAUAAAUUAAAUAUGAGUAUUAUAGAUCUAGAUCUAAUACUAUCUAUUCAUUGAAUUGACCACUUUAGACUUAGUAGAUCUAUCUAUGUAGGUCUAUAGAAGACUAUAACAUUAUAAAAUGACGUCUGGUUAUUCGACCCUAGAUCUAUCUACUAUCUCAUUCAUUCAUCAUUGACAAUCUAGAUCUAAACUAGAGCUAUGUAGAGCGAUCUAAAUCGAUGUGGGUUUAAAUUUAUUUUUUUUUUCGUCCGCACGUUUUGUAUCAUAGGAUUUGGACGAGUGAAUGAAAAGUAUAAAACAAUGAAACCAUUUAAAAAGUAAGAAUAAAAAUAAUAAGGAAGUAAGAAAAGAGUCAGGCAGGCAGACUUUCCGGUGAAACUUUACGACUCUCCACUAUCAACCCUAACCUUAUAACUUAUAACUAGAUAAAAUGUUUUAGGAUUAUAUGCCAGAAAAUAUGGAACGAAAAAACAUGCAAAAGAAUGGACCUAAUCAUUAAUUAUUCCAUUGCCCAAGAGAGGAAACUAUAAACAAUGCCAACGCUAUAGAACGAUUUGUCUUAUCGGUCAUUCAAACAAGAUAAUGCUAAGAAUAAUUCUCAGUAAACUAAAUAGAAAGCUGAGGAGGUCCUUUCCGAAGAAAAGGCAUGCUUCAGAGUAGGUGGAAUCACCGUUGAACAAAAUUUAACAUCAGACUUUUAAAUGAAAAAUGUCUUCAACACCAAAACAAAAUUGGUACACAACUUCAUAGACUUCAAAAAAGCUUAUUUUGAACGUGUUUGACUUAAUGGCAUGUGGCAAGUGAUGAUGUUAUCAAAGCCCUAUAUCAAACUGAGAAUAACUCAGUACUUCUGAACAAACAAAUAGGAGAAAGUUUGAAGACAUCCAUAAGAGUGUGGCAAGGAUAGAUUCUCUCUCGAGCUCUUUUGAACUUUUUUCUGGAGCAUAUUUUGAUGGAAACCCUAGCUAGAAGAAUUUACUCCUAGCCUGACCAUAAAUGGGCGGCCUAUUUCCAAUCACAGAUUUGCAGAUGAUAUAGAAAAUGAAGAUCAGGUACAAGAUCUUACCACAAAACUAUGGAUGCUGCAGCCAGAAUAGUUGUCAUGGAAAUCAGUGCUGAAAAGAACAAAAUAUUAGUUUGUGGUGGAGAUCGAUAGUAGAUGUUGCAUACAAUUGAAUGGCCAAACAGUAGAAAAAGUUGACUCAUUUAAAUACUUAGGGUCGAAUAUAACAAGAGAUGGAGGAUCAAUAAAAGAGAUUAAAAAAAAACUUUAAGCGUGGCAUCUGCGCUGCCAUGAUCAAACUGUGGAAAAUCUGGACAAGUAAAAUCAGCUUACCAGUAAAAUUAAAACUGUAUUCUUCACUAUAGUAGUCUCUGUAGUCCGAUAUGGUUGUGAAAGACACUGAAGCUGAAAGAGGAAUCCAUGCUUUUUAGAGUAAAUGCUACAGAAAACUGCUGGGUAUCAGUUAUCAGGAAAAGAAGACAAACGAGUUUGUACUACUUUUACAAGUCAACACUCUGGCUAGCUAGAAGGAAAAAUAACUCAAUACCUACUGUAAAGAGACGAAAGCUGAGAUGGUUCAGUCAUAUUGACUCAUAUUGUAAGACAUGUCUCACUAUCGAAAGUCAUUCUUCUCAAGGUACAGUAGAGAGAGCAUGAAGAAAGGGUCGUCCAAAGAAAAGCUGUCUGAAUAACAUAAAAGAUGUCUCUAGAGUCUCUAGCUAGUUAGUAGAGUCAGAGUGUCACUAGAGAAAUAACUUAUAAGUAGAGUUCACAAGACUGACUAGAGUAUCUCACUAAUCUCAGUAUAAAUAUGAGUACUAUAUAUAUGAUAUAUAUAUAUAUCAAAUGAAAUAUACGCCUCCGCUUGUUCAUACCAGUUUUACUUAAAACAUGUGAAAUUUCAGAUAGUUCGAUUGUAUUUAAUGAUUUGAUUAUCAAAAGAAAAAAAAGAGUAUUUUGUCCUUAUUUAUAAUAGGUGUUUUGUAUUUUUUCUAUGAUUGUAAAAUGUUGAAUUUGUGACCUAAAGGAUGAUUUUUUUAUAUUUUUUAUGAAAAAUUUUCUCAACUAGUUGCCCAUCUGGGGUUUGUUUCUAAUUACCUUAAUAGCAGCAUUUAGGAUUUUAUUGAAGUUUAUUUUAUAUUUAAUGUUCAGAAUUCUGUAGGCAGACUAGGCAGAAAUGUUGAAAUAUACCGGUACUGCAAAGUAUUACAUUUUAAUAAAUAAUCUUAAUGUGAUGCCCCUUUUUGGUGAUGUAAUCAACAAUAUGCAGUGUAAUUUAAUUUGUCUAAGACAGUACAGAGGUAUUUAAAAGUUUGAACUAUUUCAAUGUUCUCUCAAGCUACAGAAACAAUAUGAAAAAGGUUAAAGAAAAAAAAUGGGUGUGUCGGUACUUAUUAAAAUAGUUUUGAGUUGACAUGGUUGCA